UCAUAUGUUUCCUGUGGAUUUUAACGGGUUUCUUAAAUGCCCCCGCAAGAAUUUGAAAAUUCGUAGCACUAAUCUCUAUAUUGCUGAGCUUUUUCGAAACGAAUCUUUUUUCCUCACACGUCAUAGCGAAAAAUAAGAGAAGAAACUUUUGUAAGAAUCUUAUAAAAUCCGGAUAUGUCCAGAUUGUUUUGAAACAUUUCAUAAGCGUAGAAGAUAUCCUUGCAGUUUAAAAGAUGUUAUAAGAAAUAUUUUUCCACCAGAGUAUACGAUGCGCUGAAAUCUUUGUAUAAAGUUUAUAUAAUUCGAGAUGUAGUAAUACAUACUUCUUCAAUAUUAGACACCGUAUCUACAUGAUCUUUAUGAAAGUAUAUCAAUCAAUCGUGUAUCGAGCUUAUAAUACGGCUGAAAAUUUUUCCCUACCCAAAUUCCUUUUUCAAAUACGGCAGGUGGAUUGUCACCAACAUGUAUUCAUCAAACGCAAUUAAAAGACUGUUUCCAAACUGGUAUGAUACGGAGAUAGAAGAAUACUUGCAUAUGACAGUGAAAUAUGAUAUAUCAUAUAAGAUCUUCUCGAGUGUACCUGAAUGGUAUGAUUAUCAAGAUAGAAAUGUACGAAGGACGUUUUACACGCACUUUGACGAAAUUUCUACUUAUUCCAUCACAUUUAUGUUCGUCCAUGGUUUGAUAACAAACACCAAACAAUACGAUAUGAACUAUUUGUGGCAAGAAGGGAGAGCAACGCCAUCAGUCACACACAUGCACAUAGUAGCAUAUCAUACCAUAUUGCAUUUUAAUUGGGUCGUAAACAUCAUUUUGUCUAAAAUCAUAAAUAAAAUUGACCAUGUCAUACUCCCAUAUGGCCCGAUGAAGUCUGCGGGACGUCUUGGACUAAUUGCUUACAGGGAAAAAGAUGUUAUGUACAAGGAAGGAGUAGAUUCUCCUGGAAAAAUGAUUGAUAUUGCGAAGUUGGUAUCAUACGAAAUGUCACGUCAAUUGUUCAUCGGUGUAAUGAACUCGCAUGUUCACAUUGAGGAUAAAUGGCUUGAUGAGAUACUUGCGUCCUUCUACAGUUUUUACAUUGUAGAUAAGAUAUGGUUGGGAGAAGAAAUGAUGGACCUGUUCGUAGUCCAAAAUUUACUUUCUACAUUAGAUAUUGACAUUUAUUUAGAGACUAAACCUAUUAUGCAUAAAUCUAAGAGGGAUUAUGGUAUUGAUGGAUUACUAUACCCUUUACUGUAUCACAAGAAAGCAUUCGCCAUAAUUCGUUUGUUACUCUAUUUGAUCACUCCACAAAAGUUUGAUGAGAUUAUUAAGAGAUAUGUACAAUCACGCAACACAAAUUUCUGGACAAUCGUUGACCAAAUAUAUCCUCAAAGAUACCAUAAAAUAUAUACAAUAAAAGAAAUAAUGGACUUAUGGUUAACGGAAAUACACCACCCAGAAAUAACAUUUACUCGGAACUAUAAUAUUAAAACAGUGACGUAUAAUGCAACAUUUUCUAAUAAUACCUUCAAUUUUAUUAUACCCAUUACUUAUGUUAUGACGCCAGACAUGCAAGUGUACAUUAAUUUCUUUUGGAGUAAAAGAAAUGAAACAACAUCUAUUACUAACAUUGAAUCAAAUCAUUUUCUUUUAGUCAAUAUGAAACUAUUCGGUUACUAUCGAGUUAAUUACGAUAGCCAGAAUUGGUUACUGCUUGCGAAGUAUUUACAGUCUGCCAACUCUACACGCAUAGCUGUUCUCAAUCGAGCACAGAUUGUCAACGAUGCAUUUUACUUUACAACAGCUGGGAAAAUAGAACCUUUACUCUUCUUCAAUGUUAUAAAGUUUCUAAAUAACGAGACUAAUUAUAUAGUAUGGCAUCCAAUGUUUAACAUUCUCUCGUAUAUGUCGACUUUCUUAAAGUUUUCAGUAGGCGAAUCGACAAAGGCAAAGUUUCUGCUUAUAUUGAAUUCACUUCUUCGUAAAGUGGGAUACGAAGAACAAAAAUCCGAUACUGAAAUGACGAUGCCGCUAAGAUUACUAGCAAUAAAGUGGGCUUGCGAGUUCGGCCAUGAAGAAUGCAGAAAGGUCACUGCCAAAAAAUUGAUCGCGUAUAUACACAAUAGUGAACAAAACAUAAUUACGCGGUGGACAAACUGGAUGUACUGUACCGGAAUGAUGAACGUAAAUAGGACUGUUUCGAAACUGCUUUGGCAACAAGGCGUUGAAGGAGAAAAUAUGGAGAUUUUAGAACGCUUAAUGUGUAUAGAAGAUGAAAAUAUCUUAUUACAUUAUUUGGAAUGGAUGUCGAUUGUGAGACCCUAUGAGAUCAAUACAACAAAAUUAUCAAUGGGAAAAUUACAUCGUUUUAUUAUUAAGAAACAUGUUGCAAAGCAAAAAGUGCUGAAUUUUUUCUUGAAUAAUUAUUUCCAAAUAAUAGAUAGAUUCCCCCACGAUUUUCACGGUAAUCUAACUCUAUUCGGUGAUAUCGUUAUGAAUGUGCAUAGCGAAAUGCUACUCAGUAAGAUAAGUAUGCGCAUAACCACGGAGUUUGUUGGUUAUGAACUAUGGAGCAAGGUUGAAAAACUGAUAGAAAUACGACGAGAUCAGCUAUUAAAACAGCGAAGGAAGUUUACAGUAUUUCAGGAUUAAUGUUUUAUAGUGAUGUAACCUAGCUGAUGCAUAGUUUUUACCAUCAUUUAUACGAAUUAUAAUUUUUACCAUUAUUUAUACGAAUUAUAAUGUGUGGGCUUUUUA